AUGGACGACGCCUGUGACCUCACGGUGCACGUCAAUGGCCGCCACACGCUCCUUCUGCACCAGAGCGUCGUGUGCGCCUUCUCGGGGAGGCUGAGGGCGAUGGCGGCGCGGGAGAGGAAGGGGAAGAUGACGAGGGUGAAGUCGGGCAGAGGAGCGGCGGCGGCGGCGUUGAUGUCCGUUGAGCUCGACGGCUUCCCGGGAGGUGGCGAGGGGUUCGAGCUCGUGGCCCGGUUCUGUUAUGGCGAUGGCCGCCUCCCGCCGCUCCGCCCCGCCGACGUCCCGCUCCUGCACUGCGCCGCCGCGUUCUUGGAGAUGACUGAGGAGGUGCGCGCCGGCAAUCUGCUAGCUCAGGCGGAGGCCUUCGUGGACGACGGGCUCUGCUACUGGACGUGGCCCGACGUGCUCGCCGCCGUCAGGAGCUGCGAGUCCUUUGCCGCCGACGCCUCGGGGGCGGGGCUCCAAGAGAAGCUGCUCUCCGCUCUGUUCUCCAGGAUCGACACGGGCGCGGAGACGCCCAAGUCGAACUGCUCCACGUCGUCGACGUGCUCGUCCUCGUCGCUGGACACGGUCGGCAGCCGGCCGUCGUCCGCGGCCAAGACGACGGAGUCGGUGAAGCCGUCGUGCCUGAGCGGCGGCCGGGAGUGGUGGUUCGACGACGUGGCGUCGCUGUCCCCGCCGACCGUCGAGAAGGCCAUGAAAGUGCUCGGCUGCUACGGCGCCGACAACAAGAACCUGACGCUGACACGGUUCCUGCUGCACUACCUCCGCCGCGGCGCCACGCUCCGCAAGGCCGACGACUCGGGCUCUGGCGGCAGCGUCCUCGCCGGCCUCGCCGACACGGCCGUGCACGGCGUGGCGCUGGCCGGCGGCGGCGGGGCGUUCUCGUGCCGGGGCCUGUUCUCGGCGCUGCGGACCGUGUCCGCGGCGGGGCUGAGCAAGGAAUGCAGGCGCAGGCUGGAGACGCUGGUGGGGCGGAUGCUGGACCAGGCCACGCUCGACGACCUCCUCGUGUCCGGCGACGGCGGCGGCGUGUACGACGUGAGCCUGGUCAUGCGGCUCGUGAGGGUGUUCGUGGGCUCCGUCGAGGAGGACGGCUCGCCGUCGUCGUCGCAGAGGAUGAGGAAGGCGGGGCGGCUGGUGGACAAGUACCUGGCGGAGAUCUCGCCAGACCAGGUGCUGCGGGUGUCCCGGUUCCUCGCCGUCGCCGAGAGCCUGCCGGACUCCGCCAGGGACUGCUACGACGGCGUGUACAGGGCACUGGACAUCUACCUCGAGUCUCAUGCCGAGCUCACCGUUGAGGAGCGUGCGACGCUGUGCCGGUGCAUCAACUACGAGAAGCUGACCCUCGAGGCGUGCAAGGAGCUGGCGAGGAACCGGCGGAUCCCACCGAGGAUUGCCGUGCAAGCGUUGUCCUUGCAGCGGCCACCCAAUGCACACCAGAACCCCUUGUCGUCGCCUACACCGAAGCGGGUCGUGCCGGACGACGAGAAGGAGAAGGAGACGCUGAGGAUGAACCUGCGGCGGAUGCAGGGCCGGGUGGCGGAGCUGGAGAUGGUGUGCAAAGAAAUGAGAGGGAAGACGAGGUUGUCGCCCCGGGGUGCGGUCAAGGGCAACAAGGCAUUGGGUGGCAGGGGCUUGCCUUGGAUGUGCUAG